AUGGGCGUGGAAGAGUGGACGAAGAGGGAUUCUGAAAUUACAAUCAUGCCAUGCCUUUCUGAACUCUUCUCUCAUCACUGCAUCUCAGAGACUUUCAGAGCGUUACCAACAAGGCAAUGCAGAGUGGGCCAAGAUUUCUGCUACGAACCAGACAUCCGCAUUAUCAGGGCAUGGGUGAAUUGCUUGGCACAUGAUGAAAACAUCUGUCUCCGUAGCAUAUAUAAUCUUGAGAUGGAUUUUCUUUUCGUAGUUACUGGAGCUCUUUUCGUGGCAUGGGAGGGAGGGAAGAGUGAAUAUGACCCCAAGUUUCAUUUUAAUUCACCUUCAAGUGUCAUCAAGUUGCUCAAAGGCUAUAUGAGGGACUCUAUGGAAGCGAACGGAGUAGUGUAA